AUGACCUACAUUCGAGCCCAGGCCCUCGACGGCUUGAAGCAGUACAAAUACGCCUCUGUCGAUAAGUCGUUGACAUCAAAAUACAUUCUGAAGCCAUUUUAUACGAAUUAUGUGAUUAAUUGUUUUCCCAUGUCGAUGGCAUUAAUGCAGAUCACAUUAACGGGGUUUUCAUUUGUGGUUGUGAAUUUUCUGACCUUGCUUUGGUAUAACCCGACCCUAGACAAGGACUGUCCCCCCUGGGUAUAUCUCAGCUGGGCUGUGGGCCUGUUCUUAUACCAGACCUUUGACGCCGUUGACGGGACUCAAGCUCGACGAACAAAACAGAGCGGGCCGUUGGGAGAAUUGUUCGAUCACGGCGUCGAUGCUUGCAACACUGCUCUUGGAGUACUCAUAUUUGCCGGUGCAGUGAAUCUAGGACAGAGCUGGGCAACUGUUCUCACUCUUUUUGGCGCCGUCUUCACAUUCUACGUCCAAACGUGGGAGGAAUACCACACUCACGUCCUCACACUUGGUAUCGUCUCUGGCCCAGUCGAAGGUAUCCUAUCACUCUGCUUCGUCUUCCUUACAACAGCUCUCCUUGGGGGCGGAAGUUUCUGGCACAAGCCUAUGCUAUCGACUCUCGGUAUACCGUAUAUCCCCCUAAUCUCCGAAUCCACCUACAAUCUCCCCUUUACCACCUGGUGGUUGAUCUACGGUGGUGUCGUGCUCCUCUUCUCCACCGUUACCAGCAUCACAAACGUACUGCAGGUCGUUGAGAAACGCAGAGCCGAACACCGGCUGGAUCCACAGGCUUAUCUGGACACAAAAUCUACUGGCAACAACAGGGACAGUGGUGAAGACAGCAAAUAUAAACCACUACUCGGUCUUUUGCCCGCGAUAGCUCCAUGGACGCUUCUGGUACCGUACCUAUACAUGAAUCCGGAAAUCCUGAACAACCACCUUAUCCCCGUUGUCAUGUUUGGUGGCCUCAUUAACGCCUACUCGGUUGGACAGAUGAUCGUUGCCCAUUUAGUGAAGCUUGACUUUCCGUACCAGAACGUGCUUGUGAUCCCACUUGCCGUGGCCGUUAUCGAUGGUUUGAUCCCAAGGCUCGGGCUCUGGGAGAACAGCCUUCUGGGCUCAGGGCCGAACCAGGUUGCUUUCAUCUAUGCGUGUUUGGGCCUUGCCGUUGGUGUAUACGGAAGCUUUGUCGUGAGUUAUCCUGGACAGCGUUGGAUAUUACUUUUCUUGGUCGGUUACUAA